AAAUUCGCCAUCGAAAUAGGAACUUGGGAAUUUUUGACAGCAGAAUCAAGGAGCAAAGAGGAGAGCAGAAAGCGGGCAUUUGUGGUCACGCUCUGAAGAAAAUCCAGGAAGCGGGGGAAGGAAACUCAUGCAAAGGCUCUUCCCAACGUCCCAACCGUUCCCAAAGUUCUUCGUUCACACAUAUCCAGGCGCUUCAGACUGAUUGACUGCACAGACUGCUAUAAACCAUAGACGAUAUCUUCCAAGAGGACAAAGCAUAUCAAGAGGAGAGGAAAACAAAAAACCAAAAACAACAAACGAUUGGAAAACGAGAAAAACAUAUCCUGCGUCAUAAAUCAUUGCCUGGCUUUGAUUAAUGUUGCGUAUACGCAAUGUUGUCGGCUCCCGAGUCGGACUCUAACUAAGUGAAAGCUCAAAUCGCUCAAAAAGAGAGAUAGAUAGCAACGGCUUCCAUUAGCACCUCCUGGGUCACACAGAACAUCAUCAUCAUCAGCAGCAGGAGAGGUUGAAACCACAAAUCCAGAAAGCAAAGAUGGCCUUCAUCUGGCGACGACGUUCCACGACGAUUGUGAAGCUGGUGGCCUUUCUCCUGGCCAUUUGGUUCUGCAUAGCCUUUCUGGUCUACACGGACGACACUCGGCGAAGGGCCUCCCAGGAGGGGGGUGGCGCUAGUGGGGCGGGCAGCGCCCAGGGAGGGGGCGGAGGACUUGGCGAUCCCAUUGCCCUGGCCCUGAGGAACGAGCCCGCCGGCGAGGACUUGGGCGUCAAUGGAAAUGUCAUCGGGGGCGGAGGAGGUGGCCAAAAGCAGGCGCAUGAUGAGGCCGAUAUCCCACCCACCGUGGGCAAACACAAGGUCGACCACCAGGCGGAAAGACUGCGCAAGAAAGCUGCGGAACAGCCCAAGAAGAAGCCACAAGACGACACUAAAAAAGUGAUUGAUCCUCCGAGCAACUUUGAGGAAAAUCCCGGCGAGUUGGGAAAAGCAGUGCGUCUGCCCAAGGAAAUGUCUGAGGAGAUGAAGAAGGCCGUGGAUGAUGGCUGGACCAAGAACGCCUUUAAUCAAUAUGUCUCCGAUCUGAUAUCCGUUCACCGAACCUUGCCCGAUCCCCGAGAUGCCUGGUGCAAGGAUGAGGCGCGCUAUUUGACCAACUUGCCCAAGACCGAUGUAAUCAUUUGCUUCCACAACGAAGCUUGGACUGUGCUGCUGAGAACAGUACACUCAGUUUUGGACAGAUCGCCGGAACAUCUAAUUGGCAAGAUUAUCCUGGUGGACGACUACAGCGAUAUGCCUCACUUGAAGAGGCAGCUGGAGGACUACUUUGCCGCCUAUCCCAAGGUCCAGAUUAUCAGAGGCCAAAAGCGAGAGGGUCUUAUCCGAGCACGAAUUUUGGGUGCCAACCACGCAAAGUCAGCGGUUCUCACCUAUUUGGACUCCCAUUGCGAGUGCACGGAAGGAUGGCUUGAGCCCCUUUUGGACCGCAUUGCCCGCAACGCCACCACUGUCGUAUGUCCAGUUAUUGAUGUCAUUAGUGAUGAGACUCUUGAGUACCAUUAUCGAGAUUCUAGUGGAGUUAACGUCGGGGGAUUCGAUUGGAAUCUGCAGUUCAGUUGGCACGGGGUUCCCGAACGUGAAAGGAAGCGGCAUAAUAACUCCGCCGAACCCGUCUACUCGCCCACAAUGGCCGGCGGACUCUUCUCCAUCGACAGGGAGUUCUUCGAACGACUGGGAACCUACGAUUCUGGAUUUGAUAUCUGGGGCGGCGAGAAUCUGGAGCUGUCCUUCAAGACCUGGAUGUGCGGUGGCACCCUGGAGAUCGUGCCCUGCUCCCACGUGGGCCACAUCUUCCGGAAACGUUCGCCGUACAAGUGGCGUUCGGGCGUGAAUGUGCUGAAGAAGAACUCCGUGCGGUUGGCCGAAGUUUGGAUGGAUGAGUACUCGCAGUACUAUUACCACCGCAUCGGCAACGACAAGGGCGACUGGGGCGAUGUCAGCGAUCGUAGGAAGCUCCGUAACGAUCUCAAGUGCAAAAGCUUCAAGUGGUAUCUGGACAACAUCUACCCCGAACUCUUCAUUCCCGGCGAUUCGGUUGCCCACGGAGAGAUAAGAAACCUAGGUUAUGGCGGUCGCACCUGCUUGGACGCACCGGCUGGCAAGAAGCACCAGAAGAAGGCCGUGGGCACUUAUCCCUGCCAUCGGCAGGGAGGAAACCAGUAUUGGAUGCUCAGCAAGGCGGGCGAAAUUCGACGCGACGACUCCUGUCUCGACUACGCCGGCAAGGAUGUGACGCUCUUCGGCUGCCACGGCGGCAAAGGAAAUCAGUUCUGGACCUUCCGCGAGAACACCAAGCAGCUGCACCACGGCACCUCCGGCAAGUGCCUGGCCAUCAGCGAGAGCAAGGACAAGCUGCUGAUGGAGGAGUGCAACCCGAGCCUCAGCCGCCAGCAGUGGACCCUCGAGAACUACGACAGCUCCAAGUUGUGAGGCUACUUCUAUGCGAGGGGCAACCUCCUGUUGCCCACUUCGCGGCGACACCAACAACCACAUGCAUAGCGGCAGGACCAGGAAAGGCGGCGGGGGCAGGACACGAAGUGGCGGCAGGAGUUGGAGUAGUUGGAUUCCCCCGAGGCAUGUGCAAUAUAGAGAGAGACGAGCGGAUUGUAGCAGCAGCAUUACUUGCCAUGCUAUAUAAAUAUUAUUUAAAUUUAUAUGUUUCCAAGCAACAGAAUAGACGUUACUUAGCCCUAAGUACCACACAUCCACAGGCUAGACAAACAGACACUGAAAAGGAACGACUGCUGUACAGUAGCUAUAAGUUGAUAAGUUUUCUAGACCUAAGUCGGAGCACUUAGGAUUAGGUUAAUGGAGCCAGCCAACCGAAGUCGUAGCGCAAUUUUUGCAUUUAAAUUUGUAAACACUUGGCACAAUUUACGGAAAGUGUGAACCUUGUCUCUGUGUACUUGACUACUUAUUCCCAAGGCCAACGGCAGGCGA